GUUCGACAUUCAAUGACCCAACUGCAGUAUGAUUUGGCUAGAGCUCAGUGGAAUUUCACUGGCCCUACAAUAUGAUUUACACUAGCUUGUCGAAAAGAUACCUGCCCCCAAUAAUUGUUUACUCACAUUCAAAAUCUGAUCGAUUUAACCACGUUUCCAUUAUUAUUUAUUCGGCAACUUGAUUGCUUGAAAAUGUUUUAUCUCACUCUAUUCCACUCUUGUCAUCUGGUUAUUCCGAUCGAAGAUAAGUUUGAAAAUGGGCUCAGAAAAUUGUUUGUCUAUUCUACUUUUUGUUUGUGUAGUUAAUGUAACUAAUAUGUCAGAUAAAAAAAACGUCUUUCAUGAAGAUUUAUUUGGAAGUGCUUUUGUAGACCAGAAUGAAUCUGCAGGAAGUGAUUCUGAUGGCAUCAGCGAUAGCGUUGUGGGGAAUGUGAGUAAAUUACUAGUUAUACCUAAUGGAUACACUGGAAAAUUACGAAAAGGCCAUCUAAUCUUCGACGCAUGUUUCGAAAGUGGGAAUCUUGGAAAGGUUGUGUACGUCAGUGAAUACGAGUAUGAUUUAUUUAUACGUCCGGAUACAUGUAAUGCACGAUUCAGAGUGUGGUUUAAUUUCACAGUGGAAAACACUAAAUAUGAACAGAGAGUAAUUUUCAAUGUGGUAAAUUUUAGCAAGACAAAGUCUUUAUAUCGAGAAGGUAUGUCCCCAGUUGUUAAAUCGUCUAGCCGUCCUUCCUGGUCUCGCAUUCCACAAAAAUGUGUUUUCUACUACCGAUCCCCUGAACAAAAGAAAAAAUACGUUAUGUCUUUCGCAUUUUCUUUUGAUUGUGAAGAGGACGUCUAUCAAUUCGCGUACUGUUAUCCGUAUACUUACAGCAGACUACAGACGUACUUAGAGAUACUAGAAACUAAACAUUAUGCCCAUUUCAAGAGAGAACUUUUGGGCCUGACAGUACAACAAAGACGUCUAGAUCUUAUAACAAUUACUCAUCCUAGUAAUCUCAAUAAAACGGCUGACAAGAAACGUGUGAUAUUUGUGACCGCUCGUGUUCAUCCUGGUGAAACACCAUCAUCUUAUGUUUGCCAAGGAUUUAUUGAUUUCAUGGUUAGUAAUCAUUCGAUAGCUCAACAAUUACGUGAACAUUUAAUUUUUAAAAUUGUUCCAAUGUUAAAUCCAGAUGGUGUUUAUUUGGGAAAUUAUAGAUCAUCUUUAAUGGGAUUCGAUUUAAAUAGACAAUGGCAGUCUCCAUCCUUAUGGGCACAUCCUACUAUUUAUGCUACAAAACAAUUGUUAAUGAAUUUGGACAAUAAUCCAUUCAUCGAUGUGAAUUUCUUCAUUGAUAUACAUGCACACUCUACACUAAUGAAUGGAUUUAUGUAUGGAAAUAUAUAUGAGGAUGAAAAACGAGCAGAAAGGCAAGCUAGAUUUCCAAGUUUGUUAAGUCAGUUUGCUGAAGACUUUAGUUUACCACAGACAAAUUUCAAUAAAGAUACUUUAAAAGCUGGAACUGGUCGACGCACAUUGGGUGGUAUUCUGGACGAUCACACUAUUUGUUAUACAUUAGAAGUUUCAUUUUACAGUUACACAAAUAUGUUAACCAAUGAAAUGAUUCCGUAUACUGAAGAAAAGUAUGCUCGACUAGGCAGAAAUUUAGCUAGAACAUUUUAUGAAUAUUAUUCAAAUGAAGGUACUUUAUGUAACAUGUCGUCGUCAUCUAGAGUUGAUUCAAUUCAUUCACCUGGUAAUAUUUCGAUAUCAAGCUAUUCCUUACAUAAUAAUCAUAAUUUAUCAAAUGUAAAUUUAGAGGAUGACCACAGUCAACAUCAUCACAGUAAUGAUGUAAAGAAUUAUGGAAUAAAUAAAGAAUCAAUCGUCCAACCCACGUCAUCUAAAGACUGUUUAGAAGAUAGACUAAAAUAUAAUUAUGAUCAGUUAAAAAGAUUAAAUCAAACAUUGAAUUCCUUAAGCUGUUGUACAAUAUCAGAUUCAUUCUCAGCAAAUGCACAUUCAUUGAGAUCAACAUCAAAAGAUAAGAGCUGAACAAUAACCUAAUAAAUUGUCUAUGAUGGGGAAAUGUAACAUAAUAAGUACACAGCGAUGCCGAAAAUUACUUCUUCACUUACUUCAGAAUUAAAAAUAGAUCAGAUGUUUAACCAAUAUUUUUCGCACUACUGGUUUAUAAUGUAUUUGGUUCUUCUGUACAUGUGUUUUAUUCUUUCCUUUCAUUUCUCUUUUUCUAGUAAAAUAACGAUAAUAAAUAAUAAGAAUGAAUAUUUUGCUGUACACUUCACUGUACUAUAGUUUAUCUACUGAAUUGUAAAUAAGCUGAUUGAACAACUGUGCUGUUAAUAGAUCUAUUUUAAAAAAUGUACAGUUUAAUUUAAUGCUGAUUUAAGGUUCAUAUAAAUGCCUGUGUUGUUGUAGAGUUCUUUGAGAUAAACGGUUUAUCUAUUGAGUUUUCAUUGUUAUUCUUGAUAAUAUGAUUGACGCCUACUUUAUAAAGAAGUGAGCAUUUUUAGUUAUUCACUAUGUAUUGAAUUAGAUCGUUCUAAUAGUCUUGUUUGUAUUCCUAGGGUUUGUUGACUUCGUUUGUCCUUAUAUUUUUAUUGACUGUCCUGUUCCGUUGAUCUCAGACGCGCUUGUGUAACAAUUGAAGCAAAGCUUUAUAAACAGCAGUUUUAGUGUCACAGAUCUGGAAGUUCUUUACGUAAGAAAGUUAUUGUGAUCAUAACAAUAGCCUUAAGUUAUUCCCUAAAUAAUCGUCUUCCACACAAAAAAAUAUUAAUGAUCUAACUUCAGCAGAACAUUUAUUAUAAUAGCUACAUCUCUCAUUACAGGGACAUAAAGUAUUCUGUCCCAAAUAUGUUCGCUAUCCUACUGUUUAAAAUGUAACGUGUGAAAUAUAUUUUUUAUCAAUCGC